AUGGACAACGUUUUAAUAUCUGAUGAGAACCUUAAAAAACCUUCAAAGCCUGCCUACUACGGAACAGCCGGAUACAGAUCAAAAACAUCUGAUCUAAACAAUAUCCUGUGCCGAGGAUCCCUGAUAGCCUACUUGCGAUCGACAACGUUUGCAGGAAAGAUCAUUGGGGUGAUGAUUACAGCAAGCCACAACCCUGUGGAGUACAACGGGAUCAAGAUAAUUGAUCAUAACGGAGACAUGCUUGACGAGACAUGGGAAGAGUAUAGCGAUAGAAUUGUGAAUUGUGAUGAUGACAAACUUCCUCGCGAGAUGAAAAGGAUUCUAAGAUCCUGCAGUAACCAAAGCGAGCUUGGGGAGGGGGUGCAGGGACAUGUAGUUUUGGGCAGAGACACCAGAGACAGUGGGAAAAAACUAUGCGAUAACAUAAGGUCUGUGCUAAGCAAACUGAAUUGCACUGUGGACGAUUAUGGAGUAGUGACAACCCCUGAACUUCAUUUUCUUGUAAGGAGGUGCAAUGUAGAGAACAAAGUGGUUGACAAGACAGAGUAUCUAAAGAACAUUGUCUCUAACUUCUCGAGGCUGUCUUCUUUGACAAAAGGGAACUUCAAGACAAUGGUAGAUACUGCAAAUGGAGUGGCAGGAAUGAAACUCAAGGAACUGGACGAAAUGCUGGAGGGUAGGCUGAACUAUGGGAUUCUGAACGAUCCAAAGGGAAUUCUGAAUCUGGACUGUGGAGCAGACUUUGUUAAAACAAAAAAGAUGGCACCAAAGUUGGAGGUGUUUAAUUCGAGCGAGUUCUCCCCACCAUCAAAUGGGAUAUGUGCCUCGUUUGAUGGAGAUGUGGAUAGACUCAUAUUCUUCACAGGACCCAAGAACACAGAGAUAUUUGAUGGGGACUCCCAGGCAGUCUUCUUAGCUCUUUACAUAAGAUCCCUUCUUGAUAAGAUCGGAUCACGUCUUAGCAUUGGAGUAGUGCUCUCCUACUACUCAAACAAUGCGGCUGUUGAUGCUCUUCCUCCGAAGUUGUUCAAGGUUGUGAUGGCCCAAACAGGAGUCAAGAACUUUGUGAGUGCAGCAAGGAACUUCGACAUUGGGGUGUAUUUUGAGCCCAACGGGCACGGAAGUGUGUGCUUUUCGCAGGCCUGCAUAGACGAAAUAGAAAGGGGAAGCAGCAAACAUCAUACAAUUCUCAAGUCCUUGGUGAAUCUAUUUGAUCCAUGCAUUGGAGAUGCACUGGGCAACUUUAUGAUAUUCAAGGCGCUUAUGGCUGAUGCAGAUGACCUUAGGAAGUUCCGGGAAAAUCCCAGUAGACUCCUCACUGUUAAGAUAGAGGACAAGAACAGUAUUAAGGUUGACCAUAAGAAUCAGGUUAUUGAGCCGAAAGAACUCCAGGACAAGAUUGACGAGGAAGCUUUGAGCCUUGGAGGGAGGUCGUUUGUCAGACCCUCGGGAACUGAAGAUGUUGUAAGAGUAUAUGCCGAGUGCCCGACAGAGGCUGAUGCAGAUCUUCUUUGCCUAAAGGUUGCACAGCAUGUCUAUGAUAUGUGCAGAGGUGUUGGAGACCAUCCAGAAAUCGACUACACAAAUAAAUAA